UCUUCACAUAUACUAAAGAUGGCAGUAAACUGGCCUGGGCUCCUGUCCAUAGGAGUGUUUUACAUCAUUGUACUGGGUACAGGCAUUUGGGCGUCUAGGAAAGCCAAACGGGAGGAGAAGAAAUGCACUGAGAGUCGCAGUGAAGUUGCAAUGGUUGGAGGACGAAACCUGAACAUUUUGGUCAGCAUCUUUACUAUGACAGCCACUUGGGUUGGAGGGGGCUACAUUCUGGGUACUGCUGAAAUGGUCUAUGACCCUACAAAAGGGCUGGUGUGGGCUGUGGGACCCAUUGCCUUCUCUCUAAACCUGAUUCUUGGUGGAAUGUUCUUCACCACACCAAUGCGGUCAAAGAAUUAUGUAACUCUCAUGGACCCUUUUCAAGAGAAAUAUGGAAACACUGUAGCUGCUGUGCUGUUUAUUCCUGUUAUUCUGUCAGAUAUCUUUUGGACAGCUGGCGUUCUUGCUGCACUAGGAGGAACAGUGGGUGUGGUCAUGGAUAUCCCCUCCUCAGUGGCUGUGUGCAUCUCUGCUGCUGUUGCCAUCCUUUACACACUAAUGGGAGGCCUGUAUUCUGUGGCCUACACUGAUGUGAUCCAGCUGAUCUUCAUGCUUCUUGGAUUGUGGAUAUGUGUGCCUUUCAUCCUGACAAGUCCCUCUGCUGCUAACAUCACUGCUGCUGCAGUGAAUAAACUGUACCAGGACCCAUGGGUUGGAAAACUGGAGUUGGAGGAUGCAGGUUACUGGAUAGAUAACUUGCUGCUGCUGUCCAUUGGAGGGGUUUGCUAUCAGAUUUUCUACCAGCGAGUUCUGUCUGCAGCCACAGAUGCCCAGGCUAAGAUCACCUGUUACAUUGGAGCAGUCUUAUGUCCUAUCCUUGGCAUCCCAUCACUCAUUAUUGGGGCUGUAUCUGCAUCUACCAACUGGAACCAGACCACCUUUGGGUCACCCAGCCCGUAUGAACAGGGUAAAGCUGGUACGAUUUUGCCAAUUGCCCUUCAGCAUCUCUGUCCAUUCUAUGUUUCUCUGAUCGGUAUGGGAGCACUUGCUGCAGCAGUAAUGUCAUCAGUCGACUCUGCUCUUCUGUCUGCUGCCUCCCAACUGGCCCGAAAUAUCUACAAGAACAUCAUCUACAGACAGGCAUCAGAGAAGAGUGUCCUUGUGGUGGUUAAAGUAUCAGUUCUCCUGUGUGGUGUGAUCGGGGCAUGUCUAGCUCUGACAACGUCCUCUGUUGCCCUUUUUUGGAUCCUCAGUUCAGAUGUGUUGUACUCAAUGAUGACUCCUCAGGUGAUAUGCAUCCUCUACUUAUCCCAGUGGGUUAACGUCUAUGGAGCCAGUUGUGGGUUUGUGUUUUCACUACUACUGAGAGGUUUGGUUGGGGAGGCCUUCUUGGGCCUUCCUGAUGUGCUGCCUCUGCCAUGGGACAGGGUCCAGGAGGAUGGACACAGAUAUCGCCUGUUUCCAUUCCGCACUGCCAUCAUGCUCCUCACAUUUGUUGUUAUUUUACUUGUAUCACAAAUGUCUAUCAGGUUGAAGGGGAAGAAAUUACUCACAAGUGAUGCAGAAAUGAAUGAAAUGCAUGACCUGGGACCGAACCAGAAAAAUGUGGAAGAAAAUGAAGCACUGAAUAAGGAAAAGGAACAUUUGUAUCUUACUUAG